AUAAUUUUACAGAAAUUAGAACAUUAUGGUAUCGACCAUAAUAGUUUAAAAUGGUUCGAAUCAUAUCUUACUGGCAGAACACAAAAAUGCAAAGUUAAUGAUCGGCUAUCAGGUUCGACGUCAGUAACGUGCGGAAUCCCACAAGGGAGAAAUUUGGGUCCGUUACUGUUCCUUAUCUAUAUUAACGACCUGCCAAAUUGCCUCCACCACGCCACUCCUAGAAUGUUUGCAGACGAUACGAAUGUAAGUUUUGCAGCUGAUUCUCUGGAAGAGCUCCAAAGUGUCAUUAAUUCUGAAUUAGAACGUCUUAAAAGCUGGCUUAUUACAAAUAAGCUCAGUUUAAAUAUUGCAAAAACAGAGUUUAUGACAAUUGGAUCUCGACAGAGAAUCAAUGCUACUCAAGGUAGUAUAACCAUUAAGCUUGAUGGUAGUGAAAUCAACAAAGUCGAUACUGUUAAAUCCUUAGGAGUACAUAUUGACAAACACCUUUCUUGGUCAACCCAUAUAGAGAAAAUAACUAAGAAAAUUGCUUCAGCCAUUGGUGCAUUAAAACGUAUUAGACCAUUUGUAAGUACGAGAACAGCUGUUCAGGUUUAUCAAGCCUUGA